AUGGCGACCGUCAACGCCGUGGUCGAGCGUGGGUGCACCAUGCUGGUGCACUACGACAAGAGUGUCAGCUCCACGGAGAUUAAGGACGCGCUCGAGUCCGGCAGCGCGCACGAGAAGGCGGAGGCCAUGAAGAAAGCGAUUGCCAUCCUGCUGUCCGGCGAGCAAAUGCCCCAAAUCUUCAUCACCAUCGUGCGGUUCGUGCUCCCCUCGGAGGACAAGUACGUGCAGAAGCUGCUCCUGCUGUACAUGGAGAUCAUCGAGAAGACGGACACGCAGGGUAAGCUGCUGCCGGAGAUGAUCCUCAUCUGCCAGAACCUCCGCAACAACCUCCAGCACCCGAACGAGUUCCUCCGCGGUGCCACCCUCCGUUUCCUGUGCAGGAUCCAGGAGGCGGAGAUCCUCGAGCCGCUGAUCCCGUCCAUCAUCGCGUGCCUCGAGCACCGUCACUCCUUCGUGCGACGCAACGCGGUGAUGUGCAUGGACAGGAUUUACCAGAUGCCCGGCGGCGACAUGCUCCUCAUGGACGCGCCCGAGACCAUCGAGCGCUUCCUCCAGGGUGGCGAGUCCGACCUGGGUACGAGGCGCAACGCCUUCCUCAUGCUCUACAACAACGCGCAGGACAGGGCGGUGAACUUCCUCAUGUCCAACCUCGAGCAGGUGGCCAACUGGGGGGACAUCCUGCAGAACGUGGUGCUGGAUCUGAUCCGAAAGGUGUGCCGCAACGAUCCGAGCCAGAAGGGAAGGUACAUCAAGAUCAUCCUCACCCUCCUCAGCACCAACAACACCUCCGUCAUCUAUGAGUGCGCAAACACCCUCGUCGCGCUGUCAUCCGCGCCCACCGCCAUCAAGGCUGCCGCCAACUGCUACUGCCAGCUGCUGGUGUCUCAGUCCGACAACAACGUCAAGCUCAUCGUCUUGGAUCGCAUCGCGGAGCUCAAGGACGCGCACAGGUACGUCAUGCAGGAGAUGGUCAUGGACAUCCUUCGCGCCGUCUCCACCCCAAACGUGGACAUUCGCAAAAAGGCGCUCGACAUCGUCCUCGACCUCGUCACCGGCCGCAACAUCGACGAGGUGGUGGCGGCGCUCAAGAAGGAGAUCCAAAAGUCGCAGACGGACACCGGCGAGAAGGCUGGCGAGUACCGCCAGAUGCUCGUGCAGGCUGUGCACCGAUGCGCGGUUCGCUUCCCCGGAGUCGCCGGCGCCGUCGUCAACCUUCUCAUGGAUUUUCUCGGCGACGCCAACACCGCGACGGCGUUCGACGUCGCCAUGUUCGUCAGGGAGAUCGCGCAGACGAACCCGGAUCUGCGCGAUCAGAUCCUGAGGCAGAUGCUGGACUGCUUCUUCUCCAUCAGGUCCAGCCGCGUGUGCGGCACGUGCCUCUGGAUCGUGGGGGAGUUUUCGCUCACGACGGCGCAAAUCGAGGAGUCGCUCGAGACGCUCAAGCAGAGCCUCGGCCCGACGCCCUUCUUCACGCAGAAGAAGAAGCACUCGCAGUGGGAGGCGGACCCGGAGGAGGACGACCAGGCGACGCAGGAUCAGUACGGCAAGAGGCACUUUGGCGAAGCUUCCCACGACUCGAUGAAGGAGCAGAAGAAGAAGGGACCGGUCGUCCUCGCCGACGGAUCCUACGCCACGCAAACCGCGUCCAGCGCCGACGUUCGCGCCCUUGCCGAGGCGCAGGUACCCAACCUGAGGGCCUUGGUCCUCGCCGGGGACUUUUUCCUCGCGUCCGUGGUAUCCACGACCCUCACCAAGCUCGCGAUGCGGUACAUCAACAUCGCCGCCGACGCCGGAGUCGCCCCGGCGGAUGCCAACCGACUCCACGCGGAGUGCAUGCUGUACAUCGUGUGCAUGCUCCGCCUCGGCGAGAGCGGCGAGACCCCGACGCCGAUGGACAGCGACAGCAACGAUCGCAUGAUGGUGUGCGUCAAAACCCUGGCCAAGCCGCAGGAGGCUGACGUGGACGUCUGGCUCAGCGCGUGCCGAUCGGCUUAUGACGGCCUCAUCGCCGACAGGGCUAAGCAGAAGGAGGACGAGGAGGCGGUGAAGGACCAGCGCCCGAUUUCGCAGGCUGACGACCUCAUCGACUUUUACCACCUCAAGUCCAGGAAGGGCAUGUCGCAGGUUGAGAUUGAGGACGCCGUGGCGACAGAUCUGAAGCGAGCGACUGGAUUUGGCGCAGGCAAGGACGAGAAGAAGUCCGCGCUGGAGCGUGUGAUACAGCUCACCGGCUUCUCCGACCCGGUGUACGCAGAGGCGUACGUCACCGUGCACCAGUACGACAUCGUGAUGGACGUGACGGUGGUGAACAGGACGAACGAGGUGCAGCAGAACCUCGCGUUGGAGCUGGCCACCAUGGGCGACCUCAAGCUCGUGGAGCGGCCCCAGAACCACACCCUGGCGCCAGGGGAGACGAAGCACAUCCGCGCGAACAUCAAGGUUUCGUCCACCGAGACUGGCGUCAUCUUCGGCAACAUCGUGUACGAGUCCACGGGGAGCGACCGCAACGUGGUGGUGCUCAACGACGUGCACAUCGACAUCAUGGAUUACAUCUCGCCGGCUUGGUGCGAGGAUAACAAGUUCAGGAGCAUGUGGGCGGAGUUUGAGUGGGAGAAUAAGGUGGCAGUCAACACGACGAUCAAGACGGUGCGCGAGUUCCUCGAUCACAUCGUGGAGAGCACCAACAUGCGGUGCCUCACGCCGCCGUCUGCGCUCGAGGGCGACUGCGGCUAUCUCGCGGCGAACCUUUACGCAAAGUCGGUGUUUGGCGAGGACGCACUCGUCAACGUGAGCGUGGAGGAGCAGGAUGGCGUCGUGAGUGGGUUCAUUCGGAUCAGGUCCAAGACGCAGGGUAUCGCGCUGUCACUCGGGGAUAAAAUCACGCUGAAGCAGCGCGCCAAGGCUGUGCCCAAGUGACGAGGACGAGAGUUGUUCAGAGGGGGGGGUGAAUAGCUAACAAAUUUGAUCGGUCAACGCAUCGCAUCGGGAUGUUCCU